AUGAAGCAGCAAUCUAAUAAUAGUAGUCAGAACGCCGCCGCUAGUAAUCAGCAAAGCGGCCAGCAGACACAGCAGCAAUUGGGACAGCAGCAACUGGGACAGCAGGGGCCCUCGCGGGCGCAGCAAGGAAUUCCGAAUUCCAGCCUGUCCAUUAAUUCCGGUCUAAGUUUGGGGCUGGAUGACUCACUCUAUGGCAGCUUGACGAACGAGUUGUUACAAAUGCCGACACCCUCUGGAACUUCUUCAGGAGGGCUCAUGGACUUUUCAAACACAUUAUCACCCACUAGUUUUGGUGGCAUGGACCUGCUUGAUUGGGACGACGGUGCAACAUCUGGUCAAGGCACGUCAGGUCAGAACAAUACCACUGGCGACACGUCGGAUCUCAUGACAUUUGUGGAGACGUUGUAA